AUUUGUUGCAGCGGUCGAUUAAGAUCCUCUGCGCAUUUUUAAUGUGUUGUUUUUUCUGCGUAAACAUUUCUUUCGCGGGUUAGUUUCCCCGUCAGGCAUCUCUCCAGACAGCCGCGGCAGGAGCGGCAGGACCCCGGUUUGUUGUGGCCCAGAACAACUUCACGCUUCGAGCUGAGUCUCGUUCCUUGUCAGCAGAUUCUCCACCGACUCCCUGGAGUCUUCAGACCCAGCUCACAUGUCGUCGCCUCUGUCGAAGCCUCAGAUCGUCGCGCACAUUCAGAAAAGUCUGAACUACACCGUGUUCGACACCAAAUGGAUCCCGAGCAGCGCCAAGUUCGUCUGCGUGGGAAACUUAGCCCGAGGAACCGGAGUCCUGCAGAUCUACGAGGUUCAGCACGGAGAGGCUCAGCUCGUCCGGGAGGUGGAGAAACCUAAGCCCAUAAAGUGUGCGACAUUUGGGGCUUCCUCUCUUCAACAAAGACACAUAGCCACUGGAGAUUUUGAUGGAAGUCUCAAUAUAUGGAAUCUGGAGGUGCCUGAAGUGCCUGUGUACAGCGUCAAGGCCCAUAAAGAAAUAGUGAAUAGCAUCGAUGGUGUCGGUGGCCUGGGGAUCGGUGACGGUGCACCUGAGAUAGUCACUGGAAGCAGAGAUGGGACAGUGAAGGUUUGGGAUCCCAGACAGAAAGAUUCACCUGUAGCCAACAUGGAGCCUGUGGAAGGAGAAACCAAGAGGGACUGCUGGACGGUUGCAUUUGGUCACACCUUCAACGAUCAGGACCGCUGCGUGUGCGCUGGCUACGACAACGGGGACAUCAAACUCUUCGACCUGCGGAACAUGUCCCUCCGGUGGGAAACCAACAUUAAAAAUGGGGUAUGCUGUGUGGAGUUCGACAGGAAAGACAUCAACAUGAACAAGCUGGUGGCCACAUCGCUGGAGGGAAAAUUCCACGUCUUCGACAUGAGGACCCAGCACCCCACCAAGGGCUUUGCCUCCGUUUCCGAAAAGGCUCAUAAGUCGACCAUCUGGCAGGUGAGACAUUUACCUCAGAACAGAGACGUCUUCAUGACUGCAGGGGGAGCAGGAAACGUACAUCUGUGGAAAUAUGAGUAUCCUGCUCAGAGAAGCAAGCAGGACUCUGACGGCAUGGAUGUGGGCGUGGCCGGCACUGUCAACCUCUUACAGAACGCCACUCUGUCCACGCAGCCAAUCGCCAGCCUGGACUGGAGUCCUGACAAGCAGGGCCUGUGUGUGUGCUCAGGGUUCGACCAGUCUGUCCGUGUGCUCAUUGUCACCAAACUCAACGUGGUGUGAGACGGUCGACUGCAACAAACACUGAUGGUCUGUGCAGCCUGAAAACACGCAGCUACAGAGACACUGUUCAAAUCACUGCCUUUAUCCAGAGGCUGAAUUGUUUCUCUGGUGGUCUUUGGAUGAUGGGUAUUUAUUUGACGACAAUUUCCUUCCUAGUUUGUCCAUUGUUGUCACUUUUGAUAUGACAUUUUAAUGUGAACUCUGUUUUCAAAUUAAAUAUGCUUU